AUGAUUGUAAUCUACUUUCUGAUGAUUGCCGGUGUAUGGCAAAGAGCGGUUGCUGAUUCUGAUUCUGAUUCCGAUGCCUGCUCAAGCAGUGUAACCAUCUCGAGUCAAAGCGAUGCGAACAAGUUGAGCAGCUGCGACACAUUUGACGGAAGCAUUACUAUAUCCUCUUCUGCUAGCGGAGUGAUCACCAUCAAUAAUGUCGAGGAAAUUAAGGGCGCAUUCAUUGCUGAAGAUGCCUCAGGACUCACGGAGAUUAUUACCCCUGAUUUGGACAGUGUGCAGGGGGCUGUCACACUGAGUAACCUCAACUCACUCACAACCAUAACCAUGGCCGCGUUAUCACAAGUUUCUUCGAGUAUAAUCAUCACAGGGAACCCGAGGCUGAAAACACUUGGGUUCCAGGACUUGGAAGAAGUCGAAGGACAGUUGGUAUUGACAGGAUCAUUCGACAGCGUGUCCCUACCUUCUCUUAAUCAAGUCAAAGGUCAGACAAUGAUCACAGGCAGCAGUUCAAUGUCAUGCAGUACAUUAGACAAUUUGAAAUCCGAGAACGUCUUCAAAAACGGUUAUUCCUGCUCUAGUGGCUCGUCUGGCCUGAGUCCAGGGGCCAAGGGCGGGAUUGCAGCGGGUGCAAUCGUCGCUGUCCUUCUGGUGGUGCUGAUCCUAUGGUUCGUGCUUCGGCGCCGGCGCCAGAGACAGAGAACUGGAGGGGCUCAAUCGACUGUUUCAGCUUCAUCGACCCCAUCAACAGUUGUGGCACUUGAUGAAAAAGCUCCCAUUCCUCAAGGAACUACACCACCUCAAGAAGAAGCAUCCCAUCCAGGAGAACAACAGACUCUCUUACCUCGAAAGCCAGUGGGGUCAGCGAUAUUCUUGGAUAGUCGCUCAAUUUAUGAGGCACCGAAUGGAUCUGCUCAAGUCCAAGAAUGUCACGAGUUGGACGCAGGACCGGUCUUAAGCUCUCAUCAGCGACCAAUCAACGCAGAUUAA